AAUGCAUUUUAUUUCUGUGAUAUAUGUUUUCCACAGGUGAGCAGUUGAAAAUCAAUCAGCCUCACAUAUAUGACUGCAGCAUCCCUGCUUCUUUGGCCGCUGCUGUACCUGCUAUGGCUCAGCUCUGUAAACACACACUGGGCAGAUGGGACAACACUUCCUCCUCGCCAUCCAAUCGCAGUGUCUCACUCCUCUCACUGGCUGGGACAGAGUUCAUUAACUUUGCAAAAGGUGCAUCAUUUGCCAAUGAUCUGUAUCACUCUUGGGUGGCACCUACACUUCAGUCCGACCUGCUGGUUCAGUUCUGGCGUCGCUCCACGGGCAUCCUUCCCUCAGACUGCUCUCCAAGCUGGAAGGUCCUCAACAUAGAUCUCAUUUCCCCAGGCCAGAGAGUUACGUUUAAGGCUACAGGGGACCAUUCGAAGUGGGCCGUCAGUAUGGGUGGCAGUGCUGGAAGUGGGACGUCUAGCGGCUGGGUCUGCGUAGGAGAUAUCAACCGUGACGAGGCGGAGGAAAGGAGAGGUGGAGGUACAGUGUGCCGUCAGGAUGCUGCGGUGUGGAAGGCCUAUCGCUCGGCCGCCCUGCAGUGUGAGACCUGUGGUGGAGAAGUGCAGACGUGUGAUAAAGCCGCACGGUAUCGCUGAAGCGGACACAGAAUAAAGAAUUCAAAAUCAGGUAUAUAUAUAUA